UUUACAAUCAAUAUUCAGACGCCACCAAGCUCUUUGCAAAUAAAUUGCUCGAACUGCUACAGCCGUAACCAAAAACUUAAAAAAAAUGACCAGGAGAAUAAUCGAUGGUGUCGCUGGAAUCAGAAGUAUAUGUCCAGGGGAUGUAGCAGCAAUACUGGAAAAUCUACCAGUUGCGCUGGAGAAUCGUCACUGGCUGGAAUACCUACAUGCCAUAUUCAAACUAACAUAACAAAUGCUACAGGUACCGACAAGCAAAAGUUACGGCACCAAGAGAUGAAAGUAUACAAUAUGUGUAUGGAGAGAUCAUUCGCCUAUCUAACGUUAUGCAUAAGCAAUAUCGCCAGGGGUACUGUCCCCGUAACUAUGUCAGCCGCAAUUCUUACGAGUCUAAGCACCACUUUAGCAGUCGGAUUUCAGUAUCUGGCACAGCAUUACAAACAAUAUAGCACAUCGUUUAGCUUUUAUGCAGCUUCCAGUAUUAUAUUGAUGCUGUGCUAUCUGACGACCCCAUCCACGGCUGCUACUACACAAUCGGACACGGUUGCCAUUGAUAAGCAUCCAAUCAUCGAUUGGUCAAAAUUUGACGAGUCCAGUUCAGAUAAAGAGAUUUUAGAUUUAUUACUUGAAAAGAAACGAUAUGAUAAACGAUUACUGCCACCUGUCAAUGGUAAGAAAAUUUUCAAAUAUUUCAAUUGA